AUUUUCGAGCUUUAGCUGCUUAGCUUUUUAGUUCUAUUUCGUCUGUUGCCAUAUACUUGACGGUCAAUGUCGCGCAAGCUCGUCUAUCAUCGAUGAUUCUCGUAGAUUGAUAUUUUAUUUUGUUGAACAUUCGGGGGUUUAAUUUGGUUAAAGUUACGAUUUUUUCUUGUUUAUUUGUUGUGUAUUAGUGAUUUUGGUGUUCGUACUUUAUGCUAAAGAAGCUGGUGCACAAGGAUCCGUUUCGAAGGACCAAACUAACCAGCAGUAUUUAAAUUAUCGCGAUGGUUCAAGAUGAUCAAGAAUAAUGGCAAUACUUUGGUUAAGUGAAGGGAUGACACUCAACGAAAACUCCAUCAACAUGUAGAAGAUCCUAAGAAAAUUUUUGAAAUUCUACCCCAUGCAAUGGGGGCAAAUAUGGGCAAAAAUGCCUCUCUACUAGAUGCUUUACCAUCCGGACAAGGCACUUUACAUGUAGUGAUGCUAGGCCUCGAUUCUGCUGGCAAAACUACUGCACUGUAUAGACUGAAAUUUGACCAGUACCUUAAUACAGUACCCACGAUUGGGUUUAACUGUGAAAAAGUUAAGGGGAUGCUAGGAAAAGCCAAAGGCGUCAACUUCCUCGUCUGGGACGUAGGAGGCCAAGAGAAGCUCAGGCCGCUCUGGAAAUCCUACACUCGAUGUACGGAUGGUAUAGUCUUCGUCCUGGACUCUGUGGACGUCGAAAGGAUGGAAGAAGCAAAAAUGGAGCUCAUUAGGACUGUGAAAUCACCGGAAAAUACGCAGGUGCCUAUUCUGGUGCUCGCUAAUAAACAAGACUUGCCUAACGCUAGGGAACCAAAGGAUCUUGAAAAGUUACUGGGUUUAACAGAACUUGGUAACGGAGGUGCACCCGGAGGUCACCUCUGGCACGUACAACCCGCAUGCGCAAUAACAGGGGACGGAUUGCACGAAGGGCUCGAAGUUUUAUACGAAAUGAUUUUGAAACGAAGAAAACUGGCGAAAGAAAGGAAGAAAAAGGGUAGAUAGGGGGGGCUCGACGGUGCGGGCAGUAGUGGUUGCACCAAGACGACGUUUUGUUGAUUUUUUUAAAGCCAGGGAAUUUGAGCUUGAGGGGUGCAGGUUGUUCGGUUUUCAGCCUAAUGUAAAAAAUAUUGUUUUGGUACCAUAAGCACUGCGUAGGAUGGUCAAUAGUCACCGCCCUAUGGUGCGUAUAAAAUUAUAAGUAGUUCAAAAAUUGAUAAGUCAAUUUUCACAUUUUGUAACUAUAUAUAGAUUUUACGAAAAUGCAAGAAUAUAUGAUAAAGCUAACGUUUAGGCUUUAAAUGUUCUAGAUAUACUGCUGAAUUAUUUUUGAGGUUUGUCGAUCCAAGUACUGCCAAUAUAGGAAUUUUUAGCAGAAAAGAAAUUGGUUUUUUAAGUAAUACAUAUUUUUGGGAAUAAAUCGUUUUGGUGAAUUUUACAAAAAUCUGGUAGACGAAAAUUUUCCAUCCACAUGUUUUUGAUAAAUUAGAAGUAUACUUAGGUUAAAUUAAAUUGCGUUCAAGAGGCAGCUGAUCAACGAAAUCUUAAGGGUCAUUUACUAUUUUUUAGAUAAAAAAAGGAUUUUCAACAAAGUAAAUGAAGCAAAAUUUAAUUGAUCUUACUUUCUUAGUAAAAAAACAAUAGAACAAAAAUAUGGGGAGUAAACGCACUCAAAAUAAAAUCCAGUAUUGUUCUCCAUCUCGUGGUGUUUUGACCUUAAAAAUCGAAAGUUAUGGGAAUUAACUUUUGUUGUUAAUCACUUGCAAAUCGUAUCAUUAUUUAGCUCCCAUUGUUUAAUGUAGGCAAUAUAUUAUUACCAUCACAAUAUAUUAUUUUUUAAUCAUGGAUCGUUUAUUAAUUAUAAUUAUUAUUGUACGUAUAAUGAUAAAUAUUACGAACUAUUAUUAUUAUUAUUAUUAUUAUAAUUACUGUUAGUAAAAAAAUGUGCAAUUUUUCAUAUAGGAAAAGUAGGAUGUAUCGAACGAGGAAAUGCUGAGAGAAUGCGUUUUAGAAUACAGGAUGUUAACUUUUAUAAGCUAAACAUUCUGGGAAUUUUGGGGUUUUCGUUAUAAAUAUUAGGUAGUUAAAUUAAUUUUUAAUACCAAAGGUGCUUAUAUAUGUUGUAUUUUUAAUUUAAAUAUAAUGAUUAUUGCUUGCCAACUGUGGAGCCACUAUAGCUCAAUUUGAAUCUUUAGAACUAUUUAAAUAUAGUUUUAUAGUUACCGAGAGUUACGUGAAAUCACAUGGAGAAUUUUUUCGUAAAUAAUAGCAAAAAUAUGUUAAGUCCAAAUUAUUUGGAGCACAUGUAAAUUCAUUAUUUUCCUUAUUCCGAAAUAUUUUUUGUGCUCGUUUAUAGACUUAAACUAGGACGGACGAAUGUGUGUCGGAAUAUGAUUGGCUUUUAGGUCACAUUGUAAUUUUAUUACUAUUAGCAUGUUUAGUAAACUAUUUAGAUUUUAUUACCCAAUAACAUUUGAACCAUUUUUGUUAUUUAUUUGUCACAAACCGAACUUAACCUUAUUAACGUGAUAAUUUUAUACAGGUCCUUAUUUGUCUGCGCCCUGUAAAUUUUGAUGUGUGAUAUAGACUGUUUACUUUUAAUCUAAUACCUGAUUUGCCUUAUUAUAGUUUAAGAACAUAUCAAAGCUAUUUGUUAAAUUACUUUAAAUUUUAAUAACCCCUAUAUUAAAUUUAUUGGCCCAUUAAUAUAAUUUUUCCUAUUAAUAUAUCGAAUUACUAUAAUUUUUUUUCUAAUUUAAAGUUAGAUAUAUUUGGUAAUAAUUUUUUUAUUUAUUAGUUAGAUUUUUUAUAUUUCCGAUUGUUGUAUCAUCGUAUAUUAUGCUCUAUAACCGCCAUCAUUGUUGUAUUUUAUCCCUGUAUAUAGUGUACCAAAAAAUUGUGUAAAAUAUUAAUAUUUCUAUUAAAAUGAUGUUUGUUUUUAA